AUGGCCGAAGCUAGCGUAACAGAAUGGGUGUGGCCUAAAGCGCGUAUGACAACGUACGGCGGUGUAGUUGAAAGCGCAAAUGGCUUGUUUAAAGCAAGCAGUUGGCUACGCGAAGGAGCAGCUGUGGACAAGUGUUUGGUAACUGCUAGAGGUGAGUUUGAGUUCGGCAAGCGUUUGGGUGGCGGUACUUUUGGAUCGUUUUAUGCGGGAAUAUGGAAAACAAACGAAAAAUCGGUUGGCUUGAAGAAAAUUUUCCAAAAAGAGUUACUUCAGAAAGAGGCAAACGUUUUAUCGAAAAUUGAUCACCCGAAUAUAAUUCGCUUUUAUGGCGUUUCAAAAAUGGAAUCUGAUUUCUUCAUUGUUACAGCAUCGUUAAAUUUCGGUAAAGCACUCGGAAGAAAUGAGCUUGUAGAGUACGCCAAAGGUGGCUCGUUGUACGAUUAUUUGCACAAUCCGAGCAAUGGUGAUAUCGAUUACAAUCAAAUGAUCAUUUGGGCUUUGCAGAUAGCGUCGGCAGUGGCCUAUUUGCAUAACGAUGCACCGGAAAGAAUGGUGCAUUGUGACUUGAAAGCAUCGAAUAUUGUCUUGACUGGAGAGGGCGUGUGCAAAUUGUGCGACUUCGGUUGUUCAGAGAGGUUGACUGAUUCGCGUAUAGCAUCUUGCGAUGGUACACCUCAGUGGAUGAGUCCGGAAGCGAUCGACCAGUAUGUAGAUGCGUCCGGAAAAGAGGCAAUCACCACAGCGACAGACGUGUGGAGUUAUGGGGUUGUUUUGUGGGAGAUGAUCUCGCGACAGGAACCGCACGAGUCUCUUCCUCCGCCUUUCAUAGCUGAUCUGAUGCAGCAGGAGGGUUCACCGCUGCUCAUACCUAAACGAUGUCCGGCAGGUUUUGUAAGUUUGAUGGAAAAUUGCUGGAAAAGAAAGCCACGAGAACGAUACGAUAUGCGUCGAGUAAUCGCCGAGCUGAAGAGCAUGCAAAGGGAUGCGCAAUUCAACAAAUAA